AUGGCAUCUAAGAUAAUUGUUCUCGGCGACGUGAACGGUCACAUACGCAAUGUCUUUACCAAAUUAACAUCGCUGCAACUCAAGAAUAACUUUGCCCUUGCUAUCGUGGCUGGGAACCUUUUCGCUGGAGCUGAAGACACAGAAGCCGAAGAUACAGUUACAGACCUCAUUACGGGAAAGAUACCCAUACCUUUACCUACAUACUUUACUGUCGGAUCAUUACCUUUACCCCAAAAAAUCAUCGAGAAGAUUGAGAAAGAUGAGGAGAUAUGUCCAAACCUACACUAUCUCGCAAAGAGGAGUACUACGAAGACUUCAGAAGGAAUUAAGAUAGUUGCGCUCGGUGGUCAACUUGAUGAGAAUAUCAUUGGAGGUUUAUCGAAGGAAUCGUAUCUACCUUUUCAUACUGUUGGAGAUGCAAAAGCUCUUCAUGGAGCGCACACGGCGGAUAUUCUUUUAACGACCCUGUGGCCAAAAUCGAUUCGAACGGGAUCCAAAAUACCAAUCCCUGAUGACUCAAAAGAUCCCGUUGCAGGAGAUCAUAUCGCAGAUCUUUGUGCAGCUUUGAAACCUCGUUAUCACUUUUCUGCGUCUCCGGAUUGUUUUUAUGAGCGAGAACCUUUCUUUCACGCCCCAACUUCAGAUGAACCUGACGUUCGACCCCUCACUCGAUUCAUUUCCUUGGCUCCUCAUGGCAAUCCUCGGAAACAGAAAGCCUUAUAUGCAUUCACUUUACAAGCAACAGUCGACCCAACUGCUCCAUUGCCCACUGGUACCACAGCGUCGCCAUUUGUAGCUCGGCCCAACGAGAGGAAACGAACAGCUCUUGAACCGGAACCAUAUUCUAGAUAUGGCGGUGGCAAUGAUCAUAAACGUGGUCGAGGACGUAGAGGUCAAAGACAACCACCCCCUGGGCCUGGUGAAUGUUUCUUCUGUCUUUCAAAUCCAAACUUGGCUACUCACCUUAUUGCUUCGAUCGGCGAUGAUGCAUAUUUGACAAUUGCAAAAGGACCUUUGACUACAGCGACUACAAAUGCUUCCUUGGGCAUUAACUUUCCUGCACAUGCGUUGAUCAUUCCUCUUUCUCAUUCGCCUACAUUGGCCCUAAUCCCGGAGGAAGAGUCAAAAAAUAACACCUACGUUGAAAUGAACAAAUACAAGGAGGCACUGCAGAAAAUGAUUGCACAACGCAGCGAAAACAAGCUGGGAGCUGUUACUUAUGAGAUCAGUAAAGGCAAUGGUGUUCAUACACAUUGGCAGCUCAUUCCUAUGCCUAUUGAAACCAUCCAAAAGGGUCUUGUUGAAGCCGCCUUCCGAGUCGAAGCCGAAAAUCUUCAAUACCCAGCCUUCGAGGUGAGGGAUCCAGGAAUCGGUCAAAAUGAUGGCGAUUUCUUUCGCGUAUGGAUCUGGACACCUCCGACUGAAGAAGCUCCAGAGGGAAUUACCAAAUGCAUUACAAUGCCAUUUGAUUGGAAUGUUCGCUUCAAUCUCCAAUUUGGUAGAACGGUCCUAGCAAAACUUCUAAGUUUGGAAAAGAGAACCCAGUGGAGAGACUGUGCUCAAACAGAGGCCGAGGAGAAACAAGAUGCUGAGUCUUUCAAGGCUGCUUUCAAGGAAUUUGAUUUCGCGCUUUAA